CUUGCAGCUUCUAUGGCUGGGAACCAGAAAUGUCUUUACUCAUAUUUUAACCCUCUCCACUCCCUCCAGACUGGCAAAAGAGAGAAAGAAUUAAGAAGAGGAAAUGGUUAUUGGUAAGACCUAUAAUACAAAGUUUUUAUUUUUGGGAAAAGAGGAGAAGCUGUAGGGUUUAGGUGAAUGAGAAGAAAGGUGCGCUCCUGGACCAAGAGAGAGUCAGGAGUUGCCAGUAGAUUUGGUCCUCUCUUCUCACCUCCGAAUUUUUGUUUCUUGUUUUUACUCACGUUCAUAGGCAGGGGUGACCAUACCAUACUUCCGGUGAUAGCUCCUUGCACAUUAUAGUAUCUUUGAAAGAUCUCUAACAUUUACGUCAGCAUUUAGGGGGAAUGUUUUUUAGGAAGAGCUAAAAAGUCUCUGGGAAAAAUAUUACUAUUCCAAUUUUGAAUUGGAAACUGGCUGGUGUGCAGAACUACAGUGGUGCCUCUGGUUACGAACUUAAUUCGUUCUGGAGGUCCUUUCUUAACCUGAAACCAUUCUUAACCUGCGGUACCACUUUAGCUAAUGGGGCCUCCUGCUACCGCCAUGCCACUGGCGCGUGAUUUCUGUUCUCAUCCUGAGGUAAAGUUCUUAACCCGAGGUACUACUUCCGGGUUAGUGGAGUCUGUAACCUGAAGUGUUUGUAAUCCGAGGUGUUUGUAACCCGAGGUACUCAUAUGCAGAUCUCUUGACAGUGUCUUUGCAGGAUAACCAAAAGCUCACACAUCUCUCUGGAGGAUAUAUGUGAGCUCCCACAGAAGAUCAAAAAGCAGAUGUUUGAGUCACCAGAACAUCUGCUCUUCCUACUGUGUGAAGUCAUCUCUGUCACAGAAUAAUUCCCAUAGUUCUGGGGUCUGUUUUUGUAGUAUGAAAUUACUUUAUUGUUUUGAUAUUUGCCACUUGAGUACUUUGGUUAAUCUGUCACCUCAUGACACAAAUUAAUCAGUCACAAUAUCAGCUGAAUGACCUAACCAAUAAGUGAAACCUGGACCCAAAGUUGCAUCUGAUAUUCAUAUUGGAGGAUGGCAAAAUAUUAUCCAGGGGGUUUGAAAUUCUCCAGCAAUCUGGAAAAGAACAUGCCCAGAAAAUUGAUGCAAAACUUCAUUUUUGGCAAAUUCCAACCCAUUUCUUAAACAGAUGCUUUCCCCCUGCCUUAAGCCACUGUACUCUCUUCCUCCGGGAAAUUUAUCCCAGCCCAGGUCUGACAUUGGAAGUGAGCCAGAGUACAGAGAGAUAAAAGGGGUGGGGAACUGCUUAGUCACCUUUACACUCCAUUUCAUGGAAAAAAUAUAUACCCCAUCACUCAUUUAUAUGUGAAUAGGCCAGACAUAUGAACAAAAUAUACAUGGAUGAUUCAUUUACAUAUAGUUUGAGCCUGUUAUUACUAGAAUGAAUUGAUAAAUACAUGAAUUCACCACCUAAGGCUGAAUUUUUUUGGACUCAGGGCUACUUCUGCAAAUUAGAAAAUUGUUAUGGGAACCAUACACACAUACGCCACAAGCAAGUACACAUCACAAACUAUGUUAUUUGCUACAAUAGAAUACUUCUUUCAAGCCUAAUAUCAGCAGGGGGGGGGAGUAUCAGGGAGGUACCACUUAGGCAGGAGGAGUGGGGGGGACCUUGUUCCCACAGAAGCGAGUGGUGACCACCAACUUGGACAAAUUUAAAGGAGGAGGAGACAUAUUUAGUUAUUUUUAUUUUUAUUUUUAUUAAAUUUAUAUACCGCCCUUCAUCCAAAGACCUCGGGGCGGUUCACAAGAUAAAAGCACAAAAUAGACAGUUUAAACAAAAACAAAACAAUACCCCCCCACAGACAUGUUUAAAAGGCCAGAGAAUAUUAAUCAGCCAAAGGACUUGUUAGGAGGAACAAGCUGUGCAACCAACCUUUUGCGUGUUCAGUCCCAGAGACCUCCCCUCUAAAUAAAGACACAUUUGACUCAAAUUUUAGUUUUGGUUUUUGGCAGAAUUUAGGCCACAACUUCAUUGACUACAGAAAAGUGAGUGGUUGCAUAGGCUCUGGUUCGACUUGCUCCCUACACACUUGCAGGUAGCGCUGACCCAGAGCUCUAUCAUAGGUCAGCCAAGGGUGAACACCUGAGGCAGGUGAAAAGCCUGGGAACAGACUCUGUUCACUCCCCAGAUGCUCCCCUGCACUCAGGCAUGGGCACAACCCCCUUUCGGGGGUUGACCAAACCAAGUUGAGUCCCUGGAUUCCUUUAACGGAAUACCCUUCACAUAGGGAUGGCGAUACCGUUCUCCCAUCCCUAUUACCUGAACCAGUGCCUAUCUGCAACCUUACAAGUUGUGAUGAAUUGCUAUGCUGCAGGAGAAACCCAAAUGGCCACAGCCAAUCAGCCAAGUGGGGAAAAAUCCUGCCGUGCCCCUGUCCCAACGACAGACGACACACGAUGGCAAAAUGCCCUAAAAUUAGGGAGAGGUGGGUGAGUGGGUGUUCCAAUGCACGAGCCAAAAGAGGAAGCUCUGCGACCCGUGCAUGGGUUUAUAUAGGUCCCUCGAUCCAUUUAGACUGCACCCCAUUGGCCAGAUUAAACCCAGCAACGAGGGACCUACCAAUCGGGUGUUGUGGCUAUCCAAUAGACCCACCCACAACCAGGUCAGUCUCCAGGUCUCACCGCAACACGUGCCCUCUUUUAGGGAGGACACGAUUUCUAGUAUGUGAUUGAAUCCCACCCAAAAAUAAUGCCAGUCUGUGAGCAGCACCCUGGGUGAUACAUCCACGACUAUAUACAUUUUCGCAGGACCACCAUGGACAGUUGGCAUUAUCAGACACCUGCAGAAACAGUUGCUAGGAAGCACAUGUGGGGACAAUGCUGCUGCUCUCAGUUCCUGCUUAUCAGCUUCCUAUUUGGGCACUCUGAGAAUAGGAUGCUGGCCACUGGGUGGGCCUUCUUAAAAGCAAUCUAGAAAAAAAUAAUACAGUAGCCCAGGCAUUACUGGCAGUCUUCCUUGUAUAAGUGGACAAAACCCUUGAUGGCACAGCUUAUUCCAAAAAUUGAACAGAGAUGGAGGUCACCAGUUCUUGCCUCAGAUGUUUCAGGCACCCUUAACUGUCCUCAGGUUCUCCCCCUUUCAAAACAGAUUUUGUGGUUGCCAAUGACAACCUCAGAGCUCCACAUUCCCUUUCCCCCCACAUACUUACAAAGGAAAGAAGAAAAGGAGGAAAAUACAAAUUGGAAGCUUUUCUCUUUUUUGACAGGUGGCAAGUAAUAUUCAUCCAAGUAUUUCUCUCUGCCUAUAUUUUGUACAUCCCUUGCUGCUUCUUCUUUUUUUAAAAAAAGAAUCAUAUAAAGUCUGCCAUAAUCGCAUGUAAAUUAGCUGCUGUUUUUGCAAUGGCAGCUCCCUGCAUAGCCUAAAAGCACAAUAUACAGCAAAUGAAGCUGCUGCCUCCAUCCUUCAAUUUGGUAAAUGCUUCCAGCGUAAGAAAAAUAUUUUUAAAAUUGCCAAUAAUUAUAAAAAUGUUGCUUGCCACGGCAUAAUUAUUUUAUAAACCACACAGCAUACAACUGUUUCUCGUCACGGAGGCCAUCUCCACACUGUACCAUAUGGCUAAUGGCUUCUAUUUUGCCUCACACCAUACUGUGUGUGCCUUUCUCAUCAUACUGUAUUGGCUACUGAAUCAGUUUGCUGUUAAUGUCUGUGUUACCCUUUCACUGCAUGUUUAUUUUAUGAGAUUGUGGCAUCUGUUUUUGGUGUUUACUCUAAAAGCGACAGAGUUCCCUUUCCAGAACCUGGAUAUUACUGCAAUAUUAAUUUCCCAAGACAGGCUUUUGUUGUUGUUGUUGUUUAUGCCUUUUUGCCUGUCUUUGUGUGUGUGUGUGUGUGUGUGUGUGUGUAUGAAACCUGAUAGAACCCAGUGCACAUUAGAAUAAAACUUAGAUUAUUCAACCCUAAUACCCACCUACCAGUUCCUUUUUGAAACAAUUCAUUUAGGUGAUGGAGCUUUUUCCCUCAGACACACAUUUGGCUCUUCAGCUUCCCAAAGUAUUAACAUUUAAAGGUUCAGCUCCCUUUUUUCUUGUUUACAUUCUCGCCUCUAAAACUGCAGUGUGCUAUAAUCUUUCAAAACCAAUUCCAAAUUUCAAUACAUUAGUAGCGUUAUAAAAGACUAUGAAUGAGGGGCAGGCACAGAACACAUUUUCAAAGUUUUUGUGGUACUAAAAAAAACUUGCAUUCUUUUUUUAAAAAAAAAAUCCUACAGAAUUAAAUUUAAAAUGGAACUAUAUGUCAUAGUUACACAAUUAGAAGGAGAAGAAUCCUCAUGGUUUUAUGCAGUUUAUAAGAACUGAGCAUUAUCAGGAAAAGAGAAGAGCAUGGUUUGUUUCAGAUUAUGGCUCCAGUUUCCAGCAAAAAGAUCAUAACUGUGGUGCUUGAGUUACAGAGUCGAGCUUUGUUAUCUUUUUGAUCCCUCUCCCAGUAGCUUCUGUUUUUGAUGACUACAUGUAGCUUGACUGGAUUGAAACUAAGGGAAGUCACGCAGUACCGGGCUCAGGAGUGGGGUGGUGGCAAAAUUGGGGCCACACUGUUGCACCAGUGGUCUUGCCACCAACCAUCCCUUUGGUACUCCCUUUGGUGUGUCCAUGCAAUGUUGACCUCGCCGCUUCCCCUGCUCCACCCGCCCCCAUCUAAGUAAGCAGGAGUGGUGCUGGUGUUGGGAGGGUAACUCUGCCCCACCACAUGAACAACUACUGGAGUCAGGAAUAGAGGUGCAUGGAUUCCACUGAGCUACUCACAACCUAUCCACCAUAAUUUCAUCACUGAUACGAUAUCUUCAAAACAGAGUUUAAUAUACUGAAAGUGAAAAUGAAUAAUCUCAAAAGGAAGGCAUCUUCCCAUUUUCACUGGGGCUGUGCACAGAACCUCUUAUCUAGGGGUAGGCAACCUAAGGCCCCUGGGCUGGAUGUGGGCCAAUUACCUUCUCAAUCCAGCCCACAGACGGUCCAGGAAUCAGUGAUUUUUUACAUGAGUAGAAUGCGUGCUUUUAUUUAAAAUGCAUCUCUGGGUUAUUUGUGGGGCUGCCUGGUGUUUUUACAUGAGUAGAAUGUGUGCUUUUAUUUAAAAUGCAUCUCUGGGUUAUUUGUGGGGCAUAGGAAUUUGCUCAUUUUUUCUUCCAAAAUAUAGUCCGGCCCACCACAUGGUCUGAGGGAUGGUGGACCAGCUCACAGCUGAAAAAGGUUGCUGACCAUCUCUUAUCCUCCCUGUGGCUUCAAUCUGGGGUGGAGUGGGGUGGGAAAAUCAAGCUAACCUACUCUGGGACUACCUGGAGAACAGGCACACCAGCUUGCCCCCCCCCCCACAAUUGAGGGGGCUGGUGCCAUGUGAUGUGCUGACAUCACUCUCACAUGAUGCACACUGUGCUGACAUGUCACACGGACUCAUGUGUGGCAUGAACAUGUCGUAUGGCAUGGACAGUGGUACCUCAGGUUACAUAUGCUUCAGGUUACAUACGCUUCAUGUUACAGACUCCGCUACCCCAGGAAUAGUGCUUCAGGUUAAGAACUUUGCUUCAGGAUGAGAACAGAAAUUGUGCUCUGGCGGCGCGGCGGCAGCAGGCGGCCCCAUUAGCUAAAGUGGUGCUUCAGGUUAAGAAUAGUUUCAGGUUAACAACGGACCUCCGGAACGAAGUAAGUACUUAACCCGAGGUACCACUGUACAAGUAUUCUCCAUGGAAUAUUGAGGGGGCCUGACCCCCUCCUUGAAAUUUUUGAGGGCUCAGCCCCUCACCCUUCCAUAGAUAGAACCCCUACUGGGAAACUAGACAUCCUUGUGCAGUGCUGUUUCACAGGUGACUUUCCUGCAGGACUCCAAGUUCAAUCUCCAGGUAAGAUUGGGAAUAUCCUCAGUCUGAACCCCUGGAUAGUCUUUGCCAACUGGAAUAGACAAUACUGACCUAGAUGGGCCAAUUGUAUGAGUCAAUAUAAGUUUAUGUUCCUAUGAACUUGGAAGAUGCCCUCCUCCCCUUUUUCAUCUUGUCCAGGCAAGGAAAGCCCUUUCGGCUGUUCUGCCUAUUACAUGGUGACAUGGAAUAGGGCCUUCUCCAUAGUGGCACCUCAUCUGUGGUUAUUUCCUCCCCUUGGAGGAAUGACGGCAUGCAAUACUGUCAUCAUCUGGUUUUUGUUGCUACGAAAAAAUACAGGUCUUUGGGGAAAUUAGAUAUUGUAAGGCCAACUAUAAUUGUUGAGACACGUCUGCUAUGUUUGUUAUGGUUUUGAUUUUUAACUAUGUUUUUCUCUUGGUUGUAUUGAAUGUAAAUUUUUUUAAUGAAUUUGUUUUAAACUGCUCUGGGAUAUGAAUUAAUGAAGGGUGGUUCAGAACUUCAGUACAUAAGAAGCAAACAAACAACAUCAUGGAAAAGUGGCCACACAGCUCCGACUGCCUAUCAAAGGCUCCUACAAGAAGUCUUCUGUGGAUGGUAGCAUCUGAUCUUACAUCCAUAAUUGUAAUUCAGUUGGGUAACAUAUGUUUCUCUCAUUUGCAGCAGGAUUUUGCAUUUUGCUGAUCGAUGUUUGUCUAGCUCUACUUCUCAUGGGCAUUUAAACCUAACAUGCCUAUAG